AUGGCUACCCACACUGUCAACGUCUUAUUAACGUCCUUUGCCGGUCUUCAACUUCCGAAAACGCUUGCGCUACCUCUUUCCUCCGAUACAACAAUCUCACAACUUCAGGAAAGCAUCCACGACCGCCUUCCUAAACACAAUGAACGACUCCUCCUUACUACGACAUCUAACAAACUUCUUCCCUAUGCAUCCGAUGCGCAAAUUUCUUCCCUGCUGUCUAGCCCGCAGGACGACUUUCUAUCUUUGCGACUGACUUCGCGGUUAUGUGGUGGCAAGGGUGGAUUUGGAUCACAACUGCGUGCCGCAGGAGGCCGCAUGUCAUCCAAGCGCAAGAGAGGACAAGGAGAAGAGAACGGUUCGAGUCGAAAUCUUGACGGUCGCAGAUUGCGAACAGUGAACGAAGCAAAGGCGUUGGCGGAAUACCUCGCGAUCAAACCCGACAUGGCGAAGCGUGAAAAAGAAGAGCGGAGGAAACGAUGGGAGCAGGUAGUUGAGCUUGCAGAACGUCGAGAGGAGGAAAUCAAGUCCGGAAACAAGGGCAAGGUCGAUGGAAAAUGGGUUGAAGAUAAGGAAGAAGCCGGAGAGAGAACUCGGGAGGCUGUCCUUGCCGCUAUGAAGUCCGGAAACUACAAGGACAAUCUGAUUGAGACAUCUGGUGCGGGUACCCGAGCUGCCUCAAGCAGUGAGGAUGACGCUGGUGAGGGUAGUUCAAAAGCAACAACGCCACCUUCAGAACCGGAAGCCAAACCAAAAAGUCUGGGCUUCUUUGGCUUCGACGAUGACGACGAGUUCAUGAGUGAUAGUGACGAAGAGGAGGAAAGUGGGAUCAAAAAUCUUCCAGAUAUCACAGAGGCGGAUGAGUCUGAGGAGGAGGUCGAAGAAAUCGUUGAGAAAGAGCCCACCCCUCCACCAGCUCCAUCAAAAGGAAAGGGUAGAGCUAAAGCUGCAUCUUCGAAGGUCACAAAGCCAAAAGCCAAAGGCAAGGGAAAGAGCAAGGCGUAA